UACUUUUCUGUUCUAAAAGUUUAGGUUUUCGUAUGAAAAGCUUUUGAAGAUUCUGCUGUUUGGAUUGAAUUGCAUUUCCGCUUAAUUUUGUAAAAUGCUGAGAGAUAUAAUUCUCGAUUUUCUGGGUUUAAGUGAGAUUUUACGAAUGUUCUAGUUAGGGGUUUUGUGUUUAGCGUUUUGGAUAUCUGUCAAUUUUUUUGCCACGUGUUGGACGUUUUACGAUUUUGUUUUUGAUAGCGUUCAUUGGGUAAGCCUUAUUCAACAUUUUGGUGUUUUGUUGUGUUUGAUUUCAAAUGAUUUUGACGAAACUAAAACCAAAAAAAGAAAUGAUUUUGACGAAAUUUCAGUUUUUUUUUCUCCUGAUGUUAAGCUGUAUUCAUAUUUGAUGAAUACUUUAGUUCUUGUGCUAAGAGGUUCCAUUUUUUGUUUAAUUGUUGUUUGAUUUACUAUUUUAGCAGCUAGAACAAGCAAACCUUCAAGAAUCUCCAGCAUUUGUACCUCUCAGAACAAGGAAGACUGAUGUCAAUGUGCCCAAUUCUCUAAGUAAAUUGUGAAGUUGUUAAGCCAAGUGUUGUUGCAGCAGAGCACAUAUCUCAGAAUGGCGAAUCAGUUGGCCCUCGUUGUGGAAUUUGCAAUCCUAAUAGGUACUCUGGGUAUUAUGGUAGAUGGGUUAGGUGUGAACUGGGGAACAAUGGCCACACACAAGCUGCCACCAAAGACAGUGGUUCAGAUGCUAAAGGAUAAUAACAUCAACAAGGUUAAGCUUUUCGACGCGGACGAGUCCACCAUGAGUGCACUUGCUGGCUCUGGCCUCCAAGUGAUGGUCGCUAUUCCCAAUGAUCAGCUUAAGGUCAUGUGCAGCUACGACCGUGCCAAGGAUUGGGUUCGCAAGAAUGUCACUCGUUAUAACUUCACAGGCGGCGUCAAUAUCACGUUUGUAGCUGUUGGGAAUGAGCCAUUCCUCAAGUCAUACAACGGAUCAUUCAUAAACAUCACAUUCCCUGCACUUCAAAACAUCCAAAACGCUUUAAACGAAGCCGGACUAGGAAACUCUGUCAAAGCAACAGUCCCUCUGAACGCAGAUGUCUACGAUUCACCAGCAAGCAACCCCGUGCCAUCUGCUGGAAGAUUCCGUCCUGAUAUCAUUGGUCAAAUGACUCAGAUUGUCGACUUUCUUGGCAAGAACAACGCUCCCAUCACUAUUAACAUCUACCCUUUCUUGAGUCUCUAUGGAAAUGACGAUUUCCCACUCAACUACGCGUUCUUCGAUGGUGCUCAACCGAUAAAUGACAACGGUGUUGAUUACACAAACGUUUUCGAUGCCAAUUUCGACACUUUGGUAUCGGCUUUGAAAGCUGUUGGUCAUGGAGACAUGCCUAUAAUCGUUGGAGAAGUUGGUUGGCCAACAGAGGGUGACAAACAUGCAAACACCGGAAAUGCUUACAGAUUCUACAACGGGCUUUUACCAAGGCUUGGAACUAACAAAGGCACUCCAUUGAGACCCACUUACAUUGAAGUAUACUUGUUUGGAUUACUAGAUGAGGAUGCGAAAAGUAUAGCACCUGGAGACUUCGAACGCCAUUGGGGAAUAUUCAAGUUCGACGGGCAGCCAAAGUUUCCUAUAGAUUUAUCUGGACAAGGACAGAACAAGAUGUUGAUAGGUGCACAAGGCGUGACGUAUCUACCAAACAAGUGGUGUACUUUUAAUCCACAAGCUAAAGAUUUGACGAAACUGGCGGCUAACAUAGAUUUCGCAUGCACUUACUCGGAUUGCACGGGGCUUGGUUACGGGUCAUCAUGCAAUGGUCUUGAUGCAAAUGGGAAUGCUUCUUAUGCGUUUAACAUGUAUUUUCAAGUGAAGAAUCAGGAUGAAGGUGCUUGUAUCUUCCAAGGUUUGGCCACCAUUACCACACAGAACAUAUCUCAGGGACAGUGCAAUUUCCCUAUUCAGAUUGUUGAUUCUUCGUCGUCUUCUUCUUCCUUUUCUUUGUCUUCUUUUUUGGUUUUGUUCAUCGCUGGAGUUUGGUUUCUUAUCAGCGGCUUAUGAGUGAUAGAGAGAUUCUACUAAAGUAAUCAAUAGAAGACAAAAACAAACAAG